AUGGCCACCUCAGGUAGUGGUAAAAUGUUCGCGAAGCGAAAGGCAAAGCCGACGUUCCUCUAUGCCUCGCAGUCAAACGAAUACGUCUACGAUCCACAAGUCGGUCAAGAGUUCGCUCGUGGACGGGCCUCUAUGCUUAAGCGACUAUCCGCUGCCAUUCCUAGGCCUAACAAGAAGACCGACAAGGCCCAGGCCAAGAAUGCCACCCUCAACGUUCGACCUCGUCGCAUGACAAUCGACAGCACUUAUGAUUAUCACUUGGAGUCCCAGGGGGACAAUAUGGGCUCUUUCGGUUUCUCUGAUUCUUCAAAUCCGCACACCGUCAUGAACAUUGGCCACAGCGGUGUGAACCUUGGGAGCAUCACCCCCCGAUCGAGCGAGGAGACGGAUAGCUUUGAGCGACACAUUACCUCGAUAUCUUCUGGCGCGGCACUUCCUUUUGGCGCAUCCACCCAUACUAUCGCCGUCUCGGAAACAACUGCAGUCCCCGACGCUCUGGUUCCGUUCCCCACUUCCCCACAGCAGCGCAGCUUCUUCGAGGACACUCCCGCUUCCAAUCAUCCGUACAGACGCGCACGAAGUUUGAGCGAAUCAACGUUUUCGCAUGCGGUCCAUUUCGAGCCGUAUCGCAAACCCUUGUAUGGUCGCCCCAUCAAAUCUCCAAUCAAGGAUAUCGCCCUCAAGCGUUCUGGGGCUAUCAGUAGACCCACCAGCGCCAUCUUCAUUGACCAAACCUAUCAGCGCGGUCGACGAACUACCCUCGAUACCACCAAUACUGUUUGUAGUCCCACGCGGCCAUCGUUCUCGAGUUAUAAAAGAGCUCGUUCCCGAUCCGCCUCGAAGAGGGCCCAGCCAGCCCAGCCUGUCCAAGAACCCUCGCCUCCUGGCGCACUCCAGAUGCAGCAAGGAGCAGAGGAUCCGUUCAGCAGCUUGUUCACGAGUUGUGCCAUCAGCCUCUUUCUACUCGUCAUCCUCGCCGCAGGCAAGGACGUUCUCUACGUUAUUGCCCUCCUGCCCAUGCUCAUGGCACUCGCCCGCCACUUUACCGACUUUGACAAACUCAUCGCCGUCGGCCCAGUCAUGAAACGAAACCUCGAGUCCCUCAUUACCCUGUGA